AGGGACCGCUCCACCUCGUCCGUGGCCCCGCCCACCCAGGCCGCAAGGGCUGCCGGGACGGUCCCCAUCUUCUUGGAGCGCUUUAGGCCGGCCGGCCGCGCUGGGAAGUGGAGUCGUUGCUGUUGCUGUUUGUGAGCCUGUGGCGCCGCUUCUGUGGGCCGGAACCUUAAAGAUAGCUGCAAUGGCUGAAAAUGGUGAUAAUGAAAAGAUGGCUGCCCUGGAGGCCAAAAUCUGUCAUCAAAUUGAGUAUUAUUUUGGCGACUUCAAUUUGCCACGGGACAAGUUUCUAAAGGAACAGAUAAAACUGGAUGAAGGCUGGGUACCUUUGGAGAUAAUGAUAAAAUUCAACAGGUUGAACCGUCUAACAACAGACUUUAAUGUAAUCGUGGAAGCAUUGAGCAAAUCCAAGGCAGAACUCAUGGAAAUCAGUGAAGAUAAAACUAAAAUCAGAAGGUCUCCAAGCAAACCCCUACCUGAAGUGACUGAUGAGUAUAAAAAUGAUGUAAAAAACAGAUCUGUUUAUAUUAAAGGCUUCCCAACUGAUGCAACUCUUGAUGACAUAAAAGAAUGGUUAGAAGAUAAAGGUCAAGUACUAAAUAUUCAGAUGAGAAGAACAUUGCAUAAAGCAUUUAAGGGAUCAAUUUUUGUUGUGUUUGAUAGCAUUGAAUCUGCUAAGAAGUUUGUAGAGACCCCUGGCCAGAAGUACAAAGAAACAGACUUGCUAAUACUUUUCAAGGACGAUUACUUUGCCAAAAAAAAUGAAGAAAGAAAACAAAAUAAAGUGGAAGCUAAAUUAAGAGCUAAACAGGAGCAAGAAGCAAAACAAAAGUUAGAAGAAGAUGCUGAAAUGAAAUCUCUAGAAGAAAAGAUUGGAUGCUUGCUGAAAUUUUCGGGUGAUUUAGAUGAUCAGACCUGUAGAGAAGAUUUACACAUACUUUUCUCAAAUCAUGGUGAAAUAAAAUGGAUAGACUUCGUCAGAGGAGCAAAAGAGGGGAUAAUUCUAUUUAAAGAAAAAGCCAAGGAAGCAUUGGGUAAAGCCAAAGAUGCAAAUAAUGGUAACCUACAAUUAAGGAACAAAGAAGUGACUUGGGAAGUACUAGAAGGAGAGGUGGAAAAAGAAGCACUGAAAAAAAUAAUAGAAGACCAACAAGAAUCCCUAAACAAAUGGAAGUCAAAAGGUCGUAGAUUUAAAGGAAAAGGAAAGGGUAAUAAAGCUGCCCAGCCUGGGUCUGGUAAAGGAAAAGUACAGUUUCAGGGCAAGAAAACGAAAUUUGCUAGUGACGAUGAACAUGAUGAAAAUGGUGCAACUGGACCUGUGAAAAGAGCAAGAGAAGAAACAGACAAAGAAGAACCUGCAUCCAAACAACAGAAAACAGAAAAUGGUGCUGGAGACCAGUAGUUUAGUAAACCAAUUUUUUAUUCAUUUUAAAUAGGUUUUAAACUACUUUUGUUUGUGGGGGCUUUUAAAAGGAAAACCGAAUUAGGUCCACUUCAAUGUCCACCUGUGAGAAACGAAAAAUUUUUUUGUUGUUUAACUUGUCUUUUUGUUAUGGAAAUGAGAUUUCUUUGAAUGUAUUGUUCUGUUUGUGUUAUUUCAGAUGAUUCAAAUAUCAAAAGGAAGAUUCUUCCAUUAAAUUGCCUUUGUAAUAUGAGAAUGUAUUAGUACAAACUAAUAAAAUAUAUACUAUAUGAAAAGAGCAAAAA